AUGGCAUCUACCACAUUUCCAGUUCUAUGGAAAGAUUCUCAUGAGCAUGGAAUAAAAGGAAUUGUCGAUGUGGACAUGAAAGACUUGUCUUUAAAGAGCACACGGUUAAGAGAUUUGUUUCCAGUUCUUAAUACAGUGAUUAAUGCUCAAUGCUCGACCGCAAGUAGCUACCGUGAAGUGGAACGACUUCUCCUUUACGGAACUUGUGUGGGUCAUCAGCGUAGUUUUGACGCACUAAUUCCUGAAUUAGAAAACUGUCCACGAUUCGUUGCAAUUAUGAGAGUUCAUCCAAAAAAGGUGGUAGAUACAAGAGUUAAGAUUUAUGUUAAAACACUUACGGAGAAGUCUUAUCUGGUUAACUGUCGGUCAACUGACACUGUCUGCCAUAUAAAAUCAAGAAUUAUGGAUAAGGAGCGCAUUGCUGUGGAAAAACAGCAGCUUGUGUACGCAGGUAAAUGUUUGGAAAACCAUCUAACGCUCAAUUCUUACGGAAUACAAGCUUACAGUCGAUUAUAUAUGGUUAAAAAAAUGUUUGGUGGUGGACUUCCACCGCGAAUCUUUGCUGACGUUUCGGAUAACUCGCUAUUGAUAGAGCGAGAAUUUUCACGUGAUGCCCCUGAUUGGCGUAUAGCUUAUCGAGGGCUUAACAUUGAAGGAAAGUGCAAUAAUGAGGAUUGUGUUGCUUACCGACGAAUGAUUAUUUAUCCCAAAAGAUACGAGGCAUUCAACCUCAUGCGAGAUGAUGAUAUUCGAUGUCCGAUGUGCCAAGAAAAAGUGAAGCCACGUACAUGUGGCUUUUAUGACUGUUACUGGAAAUUCGAUGGGGUGCAAUCAGAUGAUGGAUUCUCACUGAUUUCGAAAUGGAAAGAUGCGUUUGGCAGAAAAUAUCAUCGUUUUAAUACGGAUAAAAAAUACGGCUCUGUCGAAUGGGAAAGCCUUUUGAUUGUAGCCAAACCACGAGAAGAAUCAGUGAACGUUGUGCUUUCACCGAGUGAUAAGUUGUCACGUUGGUCAACUUUAAAUACCAGCGUGCUGUCAAUAUUUCCGUCAUCGUAUCAAGCAAUAGCGAAUAUCAGCGCUAUCGAUGACUAUACCGAUCUAUUGACUGGCACUUUUGAUAUAAACUUGUUUACCAAAUCCCUUUUUUUGAUAAAUUCUCCAUAUAAAAAACGACAUUUUUUAUCAACGAUUCUGAUACUACAAUUUAUGAUCUUCAGCUGUGCAUUAAGUGUCGUGGUACUUCUCUGUGUUCAUCUGCUCCAUCGUGUGCGCGAUUACGAUGCGACACUGGGGCUUGCGACAUCGACUCUGGACUCAUUGUCUUUUCGUAGUCUCUCCUCACUCCAAGACCUCCAGCGCUCUCACGAAACAUUCGUGCACGUCUUCUCUGUGCAGUUUCCUCUUGCUUUGACAUGCUUUACGAGUGUCUACGUGCUUAAACAGACGUUCGCCAUCCCCGGCUCAGCACUGUUGAACCUAUUUGCAGGAGCGUUUCUGCCUUUCGCAUUGGCAUUCCCAUUAGUAUGUAUACUUACAGCAUGUGGCGCAUCGUGUUGCUAUAUCUUGUCUAAAAACUUGGCGUCGGAGGAGCUCGUAUUGAAUCUGUGUGAGCGAAUAUUGCCAGGCAAGCUGAACAUGUUGCGAAAAAAGAUUGAGGAUGCAAGAGCACAGAACCAAUUGCUCUAUCUCUUGCUCUUUCUACGCAUUUUUCCUUUUACACCUAAUUGGUUUUUGAAUAUGGCAAGUCCGUGGUUGCAAGUACCGCUCAAAUUGUUCGCACCAUCAGUUGUACUUGGACUCUUACCGUACAAUUUAAUCACAGUACACGCAGGUGCAAUGCUAUCGUCUCUCAAGAGUACAAGUGACCUCAUGGAUUCACGAACGAUUGGAUUUCUCGUUAUCCUGGCUAUUGGAAUGCUGAUUCCUGCGCUUAUGAAAAAACAAGUUUCGGCUCAGAACCGCGAAAAUCAAGAUCACAUAUCCAAAAGUAACCAGAAAAUUGACUAA